UUCGAUGUUUAUACUUAUUCAUUAUUUUUUAAAAAAUAAAAAAUGAAACAAUCCAUCUUUGUAAUAUAAACACGUGAUUAGUUUGAAACCAUACUCUAAUAAUCAUCCUGUUUUAUGGUAGAUUGGUAGUGAUGUAGGUGUAGUAAAAUAAAAUUUAAUAAAUAAAAAAAAAAUAAAAAAAAUUGUUUAGUUUUCUCACUAAUGACCACCACAGAGUAUCAUUACCCAACAAAAGAGUGGGACCCACAAUCUCAUGUCAUGCAUAUAAAAAAAGAAUGGGGCCAUCCAAACUUCAACCCAACCCAACGAACAUUUUAAGGCUCUUUCUCUCCUCUCUUUCUCUUCUUUUCAACAUCAUCUCUCUUAUUAUCAAGUACAAGUACAACCUCCCCUGAAACCCAUACAAAUAAAAUAUCACCCAAAUUAUUAUUACACUUGAUUACAAAUAAUUCCAAGUAAUCUGUUUGGUUCAUAUAUAUAUUUUUUGUGAUAUUAUCAAUGGAUAACACCCACUCACCGGUGGCGGCGGCGGCGGGUGGCGAGCCACAAGAGACGUUGUCGCAGUCGCAGUCACAGCCGCCACCGCAGCCGCAUCUACCGCCAGGAUUCCGAUUUCACCCUACCGAUGAAGAGCUCGUUGUUCAUUAUCUCAAGCGAAAAGUCCAAUCUACCCCUCUUCCUGUCUCCAUCAUAGCCGAGAUUGAUCUCUAUAAGUUCGACCCCUGGGAACUUCCUGCUAAGGCCGUGUUUGGGGAGCAAGAGUGGUAUUUCUUUAGCCCAAGGGAUCGGAAAUACCCGAACGGAGCACGGCCGAACCGUGCGGCGACAUCGGGUUAUUGGAAAGCCACCGGAACAGACAAGCCUGUAUUAAGCAGUGGUAAUCAGAAAGUGGGUGUGAAAAAGGCACUAGUGUUUUACGGUGGUAAACCUCCUAGAGGUGUCAAGACCAAUUGGAUCAUGCACGAAUAUCGUUGGGUUGACGCUUCUAAACCCAACAACAACAAACCCCCUGGUUAUGAUCUUUGUCAUAACAAAAAAGGCGGUUCAUUGCGGUUGGAUGAUUGGGUGUUAUGUCGAAUAUACAAGAAGAACAAUACAACCCGGCCAAUGGAUCACGAGCGAGAUGAUUCCAUGGAGGAUAUGAUGAUGAUGGGAGGUUUGUCGUCGUCGUCCAUGUCGAUGUCAUGUAAUCCAACCUCAAUAAACAACGUUGGACUUCAUCAACCAAAGGCAAACACGAACUCUUUAAACUACGGGUCGUUUCUCAAUACUUCUCAUGUUGUUGAUCAACAAGGUUUAUUUGAAGGAAUAAUGGGCGGUAGUCAACAUCAUGGUAUGGUGGAUCAUCAUGGAGCUCCCUCCUCGCCGCUGUUGCCUCUCAAGAGGUCUAUGCCGUCCCUAUUCUGGGGCGACAAUACUGAUCCUGAAUCGGGAUGUGGUGGUAGUCCUGGCAAGAGAUUGUCGAUGCUCCAGAUGAGCAUCGACAAUAACAACAACAACACUACUAUUGUGGGUAAUAACAAUAGUAGCGAGGAAAGUGGAGCAAGGAGUGAUCAUCAUGACAACAACAACAACAACAACAACCUCAACAACAUCAAUUCCAUGUCUAGUCUUCUCAACCAACUUCCGUCUCAGACAACACCGCCGUUGCACCAACAACAACCGAUGCUAGGGGGACUUUCCGACGGGGUGUUCAGGCAACAAUAUCCUCUUCCUGGAUUAAACUGGUACUCGUAAUUGCCUCCGAGUUCCGGUUUAAGUAAUCAUUAUUAUUGAUUAUAGUUAAGAUAUAUAUAUAUGAUGAUUAUUCAUAUCUUUAUGAUUCUUAACCAUGAAUUAUAUGCCUUACUACUCGUAUAUAUUAUACACUUAGCUUAGUCAUAUAUAUAUUAUACACUUAGAUUAGGCAUCAUAUAUGUAGGUAUAUAUAUAUUGAUUAAUUUCGAGUUUUUCGGUUGUUGAAGAGAGAUUUAUAGAAGAGGCAAGGGGGGUGUUUAAUUAAUUAAUGGGCCUCUUAUAGUGUUUAGCAAUAAUUGCUUGAUUAUCUAGUUGAUAAUCAAGUAUUAACCCCCCUAAACCUCUCUUCUUCACCAGAAACAGGGAUUUAAAAAAAAAAACAUAUAGUUUACAUAAAGUACAUAUAUUUGUAUACAAUAUAUUCAACAAUAGUUCUAUAUUAUUGAACAUUAUUGUAGAAUUAAUAAAAGACAAUGAUAAUUUUGAUAA